CGUUCCGGAAAUUAAUUCGUCACCUUUGAUUUGGGAAUAUGACAAAAUCAAUCUGGGGAUGGAGUUUUGUCGAUUUUCUAUGACUUUCUGUCUGAUUUAUUUCUUCCGGUGAUUCAACUCUUCUUCCACGCUCUAAGUCACGGCAUUGGAUGGUUUCAUUUUCUCACGCAGGCGAGAGAGAAAGAGAGAGAGAGACAGGUGAUUGUUUUGGUUGACUUGUUUUCGAUCUCAGAUGGGGAUUGUGCAGCACUUGUGUUCUCAAUUAAGGGCGUGAAAUCUGGUUUGUAAAGCAGAGACCUUUCAGGUGGUUCUUACAGAAUUUUGAAAAAGCUAUUUAGGGUUCUUGAAUGGACUUGAAAAUGGAUAAUGUAAUUGGGGGCAAGUUUAAGCUUGGUCGUAAGAUCGGUGGUGGCUCUUUCGGGGAGCUUUUUCUAGGCGUGAGUGUGCAAACCGGAGAGGAAGUCGCUGUUAAGCUGGAGCCUGCGAAAACUAAGCAUCCCCAACUUCAUUAUGAGUCGAAGAUAUACAUGCUUCUACAAGGAGGAACUGGCAUCCCUAGCCUCAAGUGGUUCGGGGUUCAGGGAGACUACAAUGCGAUGGUCAUUGAUCUGCUUGGGCCGAGUUUGGAAGACUUGUUCAACUAUUGUAGUAGGAGGCUCACUUUGAAGGCAGUUUUGAUGCUUGCAGAUCAACUGAUUAGCAGAGUUGAAUAUAUGCAUUCAAGGGGAUUUCUUCACCGAGACAUAAAACCAGACAACUUCUUGAUGGGACUUGGUCGCAAAGCAAACCAGGUGUAUAUCAUUGAUUUUGGCCUUGCAAAGAAGUAUAGGGAUCUCCAAACACAUAGGCACAUUCCGUACAGAGAAAACAAGAACCUUACGGGGACCGCUCGGUAUGCGAGCGUCAACACUCACCUUGGAGUUGAGCAAAGUCGGAGGGAUGAUCUGGAGUCUCUUGGUUAUGUGCUCAUGUAUUUCCUGAGAGGAAGCCUCCCGUGGCAGGGACUAAAAGCAGGCACAAAGAAGCAGAAGUACGACAGAAUUAGUGAGAAGAAAGUUUCAACUCCUAUAGAGGUCUUGUGCAAGUCACAGCCACCCGAAUUCGUAUCAUACUUUCAAUACUGCAGGUCUUUGCGAUUCGAAGACAAACCAGACUACUCAUAUCUAAAGAGGCUGUUCCGAGAUUUGUUUAUUCGUGAAGGUUAUCAGUUUGACUAUGUAUUCGACUGGACUGCAUUAAACCACCCUCAGAGUUGUGCCAGUUCCCGUUCCAGCUCUCACGGAAGGCAUCGUGCCGCUAAACCAGUGAUGGCCGCGGGACCUUCUGCUGAAAAACCUGAAAGGAUUUCAGUUGGGAAGGAAAUCCGCGACAGAUUCUCAGGUGCGGUUGAAGCAUUUGCGAGAAGGAACGCUACAGGAGCCAGUCCCCAUCAAAACCAUACCAGACAUCGAACUCUUGACGAUAUUCCUUCACCUAUUAAACCUGCUGUGAAUAUGGUAUCUGAGAAAGGAAGAAACACUUCCAGAUACGGCAGUGCUUCAAGGAGAGCGGUGGCCUCGGGAAGUAGACCGAGCUCAUCAGGUGAACAAGGAGAGAGCCGAAGCUCGAGCCGUGUGGCUUCAAGCGGUGGUGGAGGCAGGCCAUCUGUGUUUCAGAGAACACAAGCAGCAGCUGCUUUGAGUGGAUACGACUCAAAGACGGCCUCUGCCUUUAACCGCAACCGAGUGGCUGCUUCUAGGACCGCACGUGACGAGGCUCUCAGGAGUUUCGAGCUUCUUUCCAUCCGCAAAUGAUAAACAACAACGAAAAACGAUUGAAGCCUUUUCAAUGGGUUUCUCUUUUCUGUAAAUUUGGAUUCUUCUUUUACAUAUGUUGUUUGGUCCCUCCGUUUCCAAGAGACUCCCAAUUUUUCAUGUAUUAUUAUGAUGUGCUUUGGAUUUUUGUAUCAAAUUUUACUCUCUUUUUAUUGUAAUCACCUUUCACUACAAGUUGUUGAGUUUUUUUCU